CACCCCCCUAUCAUCGACCUCAUCCCUCACCCUUCCCCCCUCAAUAUCUGUAUCCAUUGAAAUGCGCGCAUCCAGUUGAGAACUCAAUCCUCCCACGGCCCUUCUCCCUCCCCCGUUUGAAGCUCUACCGACAAGCUACCCCGGCGCAUAACACGUACCAGAUGUUGUCAGAAUGCUGGACCAGCUCUCGCCCGUUGCUCCCGCAAGAGUACGAGUGGUUCUGCUGCCCAUCGGUCAGAUCAAACGGGCGAGAUUCCUCAGCUUCGUCGAGAGACUGCAGCCAGAAAAGGUAGUCCAGUUGGGCGACAUCAGUCCAGAUGGCCGCCCUCAUAGAAGUAGGAUAUCAGAUAAAAUAUGCCAACACUAGGCUCAGAAGUGGCAGAUGUAACUAACAAUGCAUAGAUAUGUUCUCUCCCCUCGCCUUUCCCACCGGCAUGAUUGUAUACGACCUCACCACCUUCAAUCCCUCCCUCUCCCAUGUGGUCCUCUCUCCUUUUGAGUUAUACCGCGAACCUCUUGUAAUUAUAGCUAUUGCAGACGCCCAAGAACUGGACCGUAUAUCAUAUCGGGACAGUGUGCGAAAUAGUCUCAAUGGAAGUGGUCCGCCGAAGCCAGAACACGGGUUACGAGAACUGGAGCAGGAUUUUGAGGACUUGAAAGACAGAUAUCCAAAGGGACUAGUACACCAAUUGCUACUAUUCGAUCAUGUUGUCGUUCCUACUGCGGCUCCUCUCCCCGAAGGCAUUGUCGCCGUACCCCCAGCGGCGCAAUGCAAACGAACCACCCUUAAGACAAUCAUGUGCGACAUUUCCUCGAUUCUACUAGCAGAAAUGACCACCUUGGCAAAAUCCUUACAAGCUCUCCACACCAUAGAAUCCCCAAGUCAAUUACAAAUCCUGAAGCAGUUUGAUGGAACCGCUUGGCAAACCGCACAUGCAGGUACAAUUCAGCGCCGGGGUUCGCAGUUGGGUACUUCUUCUCGUACGGCAUCACCAGGUGCAAAUUUUGACCGUAGUCAUGUUCGAAUGUCCAUGCCAGCGCAAUUCAAAACCGCGGAUUCCAAUGAAUCGUCCGGAAGAUCUACUCCCAAUGGUGCCAGAUCGGAGCUCCCAACUACUUUUGAACAAAUUGUGGGAGCCAACCCAGAUUUUAAAAACUCAAGACCAGGUCUGUCCCGACUGAUCAGCUCAGAUUCUGGUAGAGAUAGGAGCCGAGAUCGUGUAUCUGUUCAAGGCUUUGGCCCAGGAAGUGUCAGUGAAAGGUCCAGGAAUAUCGGUAAAGGCAGAAUUGGUAUUGUGAUCGGCUCUCUUUAUUUACAAGCGGGAAGAUGGCUGGACGCCACCCGAGAGCUUACCGAGGCAGCAUCGAUCGCAAAGUAUAAUCUUGAUCAUCUUUGGCAUGCGAAAGCUCUUGACUAUAUUCUUGUGAGUAUGCUAAUGCAGGCUUGGACUGGUUUAGAUUUCCAAAUACCCCAAAUCUGCUACGUAACGGCAGAAAAGGCAACACAGCAGUCAGGCGCAGGAGAUCCAAAAGGCCCUGCUAGCAGCCGUCUUGUUUCCUUGAAAAAUCUGACUGCAUUGCUUCCGGAGUUGUUAGACAGGAUUUUGAAUCUUUACACCAGAUCAGCCAACAACACUGGAGAAACUCUGCCGCAGCUCCCAUUUUCUGAAUCAGCCAUACGGUUUUCGAAGCUUUCAGCAGCAAUACAUUCGGCUGGCGGGAUUUUAGACGAUGAAGUUCUACAGUUAGUUGUUGCGGGAAUUCCGAGCAAGAGGCAUGUUAAUUUGUUUUCUCCCCGUUUGAGUAUUCGUCCUACUCGUACGGAAAUAUACACAACACUUUCUCGUGGGUUGCCUGCCUCUUCCUCCUCAGAGUCUUUGUCUCUGGUCGAUCGGACAAUCGUUCUUAGUGGCAUAGCUUCGGUUCUGGGGUCGCUGGGCUAUUAUCGGAAGAAAGCCAUGGUCAUGCGUGAGCUUGUUUCCGUUCUCAUUCCCGGAUUAAUACAAGCACGGAUCAAGGGUGCUGCAGAGAUGGGCGUUCAUCCAGCUGCUGGGCUGGCUGCUCUCAAUUCCGUCAAUGGCAGUACCAAUGGUGCUGGUGCUCUCGACCUUGGCGAGGGCGACGUGGAGAAUGGCGUGGAUACAUUUCUAGGAUUGUUGAUCAAAACCUAUGGUGUUGUCACAUCCGAAUUGACUGGCAGUGCCAAGAACCAUGAUGAUUCAGACGACGCAACGAUUAAACGAAUAAUGCAUAAUGCUACGACCCGAUCAUUUGGAGGCCGCAACCUAAAGAUGGAUGUACUUCGCUCUUGUAUCAACCUCUCAGAAGCUUUGCCGGAUUUUCAUGGUGUUCUUAGAUUUACGGCAGAUCUGUUGAGAACAGCUGGUAGUGGUAUUGCACCAGGCCCUCGAAGUGAAGAUGCAUCGCCAUCUAUGUCUCGGGAAGAGCAAUUAAGGCUUUCCACGAAUAUAUCGAGGACUCUUGGUGCUGCGAAGCAUCUGGGAGUCAAGAACCUCGCCGCCGAAUACUGGGACGAGUUUCUCGUUCGAGGUGUUGAGCUCGAAGCUUUAUCAACAGCUCGGACGCCUAUACCACACACCAAAAAGGAUCUGCCUGGCGCAGCAACGGUUGCUGCGACUGGGAAGGUCAACCCAUUUAUAUAUAACCCGUUUUUGCAACCGCCAAAUGCUGCGGCUGUAGAUCGUCUACUUGUCGCAGGUGAAGGGGCCACAUUCCGAGUCACCUUGCAGAAUCCAUAUGAAUUCGACGUUGAAGUUGAAAGCAUCAGGCUGGAAUCAGAAGGAUCAGAAUUCGAAUCAACGACGCAGAAGACCAUAAUAGGACCAUAUCGAACUCAAAUUCUCACGGUUUCUGGUACCCCUAAGAAAGCCGGCCAACUCAAGAUCACAGGCUGCGUAAUUCGAGUACGUGGAUGUCGAGAGAGACGAUUCCCCAUAUUUGAGGACCCCUGGUCACCGCAGAGUGCCAUCAAGAUCAAAUCAAUUGGUGUCGCAUCCAUUUUUAGACCAAAGGACCGCCCGAAAAGUACAGAUUCAAAGUCAAUUGCGAGCUCCCUAGUAAUGCCUCCGCCAAAAUCAAUGUCACUUGCACUGAAUGUUAUUGAUCGACAGCCUGUCGUCGUAGUAAAGUCAACUACACUGUCUCAAGCUGCAAUCAUGGUGCUAGAAGGAGAACGGCGCACCUUUUCAAUUACAUUACAAAACCUGUCAACUGAAACACCCGCAGAUUUAUUACUUUUCUCUUUCAAAGAUUCCACACAAGCUCCUCUGCAGACGGCUUUGAGUAACCGUGAUGCUUCACCGGCAGAACUGUAUGAAUUUGAGCUUCUUCUCGCUCGAAAACAAUCGUUGCGAUGGCUACCAAAAGAGGGGGAGACUCCCUACAUCGCCCCAGGAUCAACGGCGACUUUCGAAAUAGAAAUUCUUGGCAAGCCUGGCUUAACGCAUGCAAUAGUUCAUAUUGACUAUGCUUAUCUUGGAGUGCCUCAAACCGAAGUGGAGGACAAAUUUCAUACGCGCCAAGUUAGUCUUCCACUGACCAUAACUGUCAAUGCCAGCUUGGAAUUGUCAAAGAUGGAUAUUCUUCCUCUCACUGGUAAUAUUCCAAGGUCUUUAUGGGAGAAAGAAGGGGACACUUCCCAGCACGGUGAAGAGAUCACGCCAGAGAACUACUGUUUGCUGACCCUGGAUUUUCGGAACGCCUGGCCCUCUCGUUUACACGUGUGUCUUGGUAUCACGAACGGGAACUCGAUAGAAGAGGAUCUUCUCCCAGGAAAUGCGACAAGAUUAAUGUUCCCAAUCCCUCGUAUCUUCCUCGAGGAUUCAUGUCGAGCAAUUCCAGCUCUUGACCCCUCCCGGCAGCGACAGUUCGUCGUUAGCGCCGGCAAAAUCUCCGCUGAGACCGAAAGAACAAGUCGUGAAGCUUUCUGGUAUCGGGAGGAAAUUCUCAAAAUGAUCCAUGGCACAUGGUCGACGUCCUCUGGCUCCCCACGAACAGGUGAAAUCGAGCUCCGUGGUAUACGAUUGACGCAGCGUAUGAUUGAUGCUAUCAAGAUUCCCGAUGUUGGAAUCGAGAUUCGGAUGAAUGGCCAGCCUGCACAGAACUCGCAACAUCAGAUUGUAACUGACAACUUCGAUACCUUGCAAGUACGCAUACACAAUCGCUCCAGUCAUUUCAUUUACCCACUUCUUCGCAUCCAACCCUCUAUCCGCUCUCAGUCCAAUCGCGUUUCCCUAGAUGUCACAAGGAAACUUGUCUGGAAUGGGACACUCCAGCAAACUCUUCCUCCUAUUCCCGCACAAGGGACUACAGAGGUUGAAAUUGGAGUGACAGCCCUUUCUAGGGGCGAAUUUGAGAUCAGUGCUACGGUUGAGGAGACGAGGAUGCUGGAUCCCGUGCCAGAACCGGAAGAGGCGGAUGAAGGGAAAAAGAUGGAAAAGAGGGAGAGGGAUAAGACAAGGAGUAUGUUGGAUGCUGUGUUGGGGAAGAAAGAGAGGAGACUGUGGCAUACUAGGGAGGGGUGCUUGGUGGUUGUUAGGGAUGAGGAGAGUGAUGAGGAGGAAAGUGACGAGUAG